CAGGCUGAUCUCCGGCGGCCGCUUUCCAGGCGGUGCCACCUACGGACGGGUGCCCAGGUCUUCUGCUCCGGGGAGAAGAUGGCAUGGCUGACCCAUUUCCUGGCCUGUGUCUUUGGCACCGGCUCCUGGAUGGCGAUCAACGGGGUGUGGGUGGAGCUUCCCCUCCUAGUGACUGAAUUACCCGAAGGCUGGUACCUCCCUUCCUACCUCACCAUCAUCAUCCAACUGGCCAACAUCGGACCUCUCUUUGUCACCCUUAUGCACAAAUUCAAACCUGGCUUGUUGAAGGAGGUCCCGGUGAUUUGCGCGGUGGUCUCCACGGGCAUCCUGGCGUGCUUCCUCCUGGCUUUCCUUUGGCACUACACCACGCCCAUCGCCGGAGAACCGCACAGCGUGGCCUUCUUCGUCUUGACCUUCUUCCUCUCGCUGGUGGAUUGCACCUCCUCCGUCACCUUCCUCCCCUUCAUGGCUCACUUCCACCCGCGGUAUGUCCCUACCCUCUUCAUCGGGGAGGGGCUCAGUGGGUUCAUUCCCGCCCUCUUCGCCCUGGCCCAGGGGGCCGGCAUUGCCACCUGCGUCCAGGUCCCGGGCCCGACCUUCAACGCCAGCCUGGGCAACGCUUCGCAGGCCAACGCGACGGGGACCAUGGAAACGCGCUACUCCCCGGCCAACUUCUCCAGCUUGGUCUUCUUCCUCAUCCUCUCGGCCAUGAUGCUCUUCUGCCUGGUGUCCUUCCUCUUCCUCAACCGGCAGCCGAAGUCGUUGGCUCUCUCCACGCAAGUCUUGUGCUCCAGCAAUAUCUCCCUGAACUCCCUCCAGAAGAUCCCUACGGGCAAGGAGGAGCCGGCUCACUUGAAGGGAGGUUCAACCUACUCUACGGAGGGAACGAUGGAGAACCUCCACGAAGGGGACCCAUGGGCCGGGAAGGUCACCUACACCUGCUCCAAAUUAGUCCUCAUCUACUUCCUCGUCACUUGGCUGAACGCCCUGACCAAUGGCAUCCUCCCCUCCGUGCAAAGCUACUCCUGCUUGCCCUACGGCAACCUGGCGUACCAUCUGGCGGCCACCUUGAGCUCCAUGGCUAACCCUCUCGCCUGCACUGUGGCCACCUUCCUCCCCAAUAGGUCCCUUCUGUUUCUGGGGAUCCUGACGGCUGCAGGGACAGCUUUUGGGGCCUACAACAUGGCCAUGGCUGUGCUGAGUCCCUGCCCCCUCCUGAAGGACUCCGACUGGGGAAUUGCCCUGAUUGUGAUCUCCUGGGUGUCCUUCACCGGAACCCUCACCUACGUCAAGGUGAUGCUAGGGAUGAUGCUUCGCAGCUGCAGCCACAGCGCCCUGGUCUGGUACGGCACGGUGGAGCAGCUGGGGUCUCUGCUAGGAGCACUGCUGAUGUUCCCCUUGGUGAAUGUCUACCACUUCUUCCAGUCUGCUGACUUCUGCAGCUUCCAGUGCCCGGCGUGACGUGCCAGGAUCCGAGCAGAGAAUCUACCAAGCAUGCCAACCAUGUGCGUUAUGGGAAACGUCUCCCAGAAAUAGUCCCCCCUCCAAAAAAAAA